UUAUCUGAUGUAUUUUAACGUUUGAUGUAGCUGUGCGUGAGGGGUGAAUUAUUACAUGUUUUGAAACACUGAAUUUGGCUUUGGAAUACCACAUUUCGAUUUUGCGUUGACAUUGACAGCUUAACGUACGUCGUAGGUAGCUAACGUAGGCUACAGUAUCAGCAACAAGCUAGUCUGUUAGUCUGUACUUGUCCUGAAGGAAUUUAUGUUGUAGCUAGCUGACUAUAAUCCCUGCCAGUGUGCAUCGCCUAAAACACAUGCAUCACGUUGGUUGUUGAUGUAUUAUCUAAACACACAUGGAGUAUUGAGCUAACGACAGUUAGCUGCUGCUGUCUCAUUAAUUGAUCGACUUUUCCAACCAGCCAGAACCACCUGCAACUGGUAUCUCUCCCAUCUUGGCUGGGGAUAGCUGGCCGCCGGCUCAAGUAUUUUGGACCUGGCCCAGCCUUUGUGGGGAGCAGAAGAGUCUGAGUCAGAGCUGAAGAUGGUCUGAUGGACCUCCGCUUUUUGCUGACUUUCCUCUUCUGCUCAGUCUCGUGGAUCUUCUUCUGGGAAGUGCGCUGGAAGAAAGGCAAAGAAAGUCAGAUUGAAGAAUGGAUUCAAGGCCACAGUCUCUCCGAUUACAAACACUUAUUUGAAGAUGUGCAGACUCUGGAGGAGCUGAGCCUGAGUAUUCUGACUCGUCUGGAGUACGUGGUGAGAGAGAAGCGGCGCUGGAGGGACAUCGCAGAGGCUCACAUCCAGCUGCUGCGAGACUUUGCCUUCCAGGAGUGGCUCUGCUCUCAGAGCCUUGAGCACUACUAUCAUACACUGAAGACCUUGGGUUGUAUGACUCUGGAUGAUCUAGCCCAGUUUGACAGCCAGUUGCAGCUCUCUCUUGCUGCAUGGGGAUACUACUACGAAGACUACAUCAAGCUGUCCACAGGCGUCAAGGUUCUCCAGGCCUCUAGGGGGAGCCGCGACCAGGACUACGAGAUCCAACUCGUGCACAGCCUUGCUGAAAGGCGCCUAAAUGAGAAGUGGUCUAUCGCGGGAGCUUUUAUAUUUGGCUGUACUGUGGCACUGUGCUUUCUGAUAAGGGACCUCAUGUUUUACGUGAUUGGUGGAAUUACUGUUUCCAUCAUAGCGUUUGUCUUUACCAUCAAGUUCCUAUGUGAGCUUGCUGCACGGGUGGUUAGCUUCCUGCAGAAUGAGGACCCCGGGAGAAGGGGCGACCGCAGCAUCUACGACUAUGUACGAGGGAACUACCUGGACCCGCGCUCCUGCAAGGUGUCCUGGGAUUGGAAGGACCCACAGGAAGUGGGCCAGACUAUGAGCUUCCGUGUUCAGCUCUUCUACAAGAACGGCCAGCCCUUCCCUGCCCACCGACCCGUGGGGUUAAGGGUCAACAUCACUCACAUAGAGCUGGCCCUAGACAUCCCCAUCACCCAGGAGGUUCUGCAGGAGCCAGAGUCCAAUGUGGUCAAAGUGGCCUUCACUGUCCGCAAGGCCGGACGCUAUGAGGUAGCUGUCAAACUGGGAGGACUCAACGUGGCCUACAGCCCUUACUACAAGAUAUUCAAGCCAGGGACAGUGGACCCGUCCAAAACGAAGAUAGCCUACCACUUCUCCACACUGGUCUUAGUAUAUGGCCAGCAGCAUACCCUGCAGAUCGAGCCUCGGGACGAGUAUUGCAACCCCACCAGUAACUCCACCUCACUGAUAGACGAAGUCAACUACAGCGUCCACGUCCACUCGCUGGGCACGGUGGAUGACGACAGCCUGGAGGAGUACUACUGUAAGUCAGUGUCAUCCAACAAGCAGCUGUGCCAGGUACUGCUGAAAAUCACCCUGAGGAAGAAGGGCUGUUUCCGGGCACGCAUCUCCUAUAACGACCUGCCCCUCAGCAAUGGAGAGUUCGACAUCAUUGUUCUCAGUGAGAAUGAGAAGAACUGUGUGGAGAAGAACGUGUCCACCACAGGGAUCAGCAUCUACUUUGAGGCGUACCUGUAUGGCUCAGGGAACUACAGUAACUACAGUAACUCCUCGUGGCAGCUCCCAGCCUCGGCUCUGAUGGCCCCUCAGAGACGGCCCUCCAUGGGGGACGAGGAGGACGAGCAUGACUCCCCUGUAGAGGGACAGCCGGAGAAGGUCAAGAAACCAAAAAAGGUCUACUGCUACAUAUCGCCAAAGCAACUGUCAGUGAAGGAGUUUUACCUGAAAAUCAUUCCAUGGCGCCUUUUCACCUUUCGAGUUUGCCCAGGGACAAAGUUCACAUACUAUGGCCCUGACCCCGUUCACAAGUACUUGACUCUUGUAGUGGAUGAUGGGAUCCAGCCGCCAGUGGAGCUGAGCUGUAAAGACAGAAACAUCAUGGCUGCCACCUUCAUCCGUUUCCUGCACAAGAAUAUCGGUGGCUCGGAGACAUUCCAGGACAAGGUGAGCUUCUUCCAGAGGGAGCUCAGACACAUCCACUCCAAGAGGCCUCGCACCAAGACCUGCCUGAAGAUCACACGCCACUGCAUCCUGGACUCUUCUCUGAAAUCCACCCGGAACUUCUCUGUGUCAGAUUGGAGUAAGAACUUUGAGGUGGUGUUCCAGGAUGAGGAAGCUCUGGACUGGGGAGGGCCGCGAAGGGAGUGGUUUGAGCUCGUCUGUAAGACCCUGUUUGACACCACCAAUCAGCUGUUUACUCGCUUCAGUGACGACAACCAGGGCCUGGUCCACCCCAACGCUGAGCGGCCGGUCCACCUGCGUCUGAAGAUGUAUGAGUUUGCGGGGCGCGUGGUGGGGAAGUGCCUGUACGAGUCAGCCCUGGGCGGGGCCUACAAGCAGCUGGUCCGCGCUCGCUUCACCCGCUCCUUCCUGGCCCAGCUCAUCGGACUCAGGAUGAACUACAAGUACUUUGAGACGGAUGAUCAGGAGUUCUACAAAACGAAAGUCUGCUUCAUCCUAAACAAUGAUGUCAGUGAAAUGGACCUGGUGUUUGCUGAGGAGAAGUACAAGUCAGGACAGCUGGAGAAGGUGGUGGAGCUGAUAUCUGGAGGAGCUCAGAUUGCUGUUAACAAUGAGAACAAGAUGCAUUAUCUGAACCUGCUGGCCCAGUACAGGCUCGCCAGUCAGGUGCGAGACGAGGUGGAGCACUUUCUCAAAGGUUUGAAUGAACUUGUCCCAGAGAACCUCCUGGCCAUAUUUGAUGAGAAUGAGCUGGAGCUGUUGAUGUGCGGUACGGGGGACAUCAAUGUCCAGGACUUCAAGGCCCAUGCUGUGGUUGUAGGAGGGUCGUGGCACUUCAGAGAGAAGGUGAUGAAGUGGUUCUGGGCCGUGGUGUCCAGCUUCACCCAGGAGGAGUUGGCUCGCCUGCUGCAGUUCACCACCGGCUCCUCCCAGCUUCCCCCUGGGGGCUUCAACACCCUCUGCCCCUCCUUCCAGAUCAUCGCUGCUCCCACACACAGCACCCUGCCCACCGCACACACCUGUUUUAACCAGCUUUGCCUCCCCACCUAUGACUCCUAUGAGGAGCUGCACAAGAUGCUGAAGCUGGCCAUCAGUGAGGGCAGUGAGGGCUUCGGCAUGCUCUGAGUGGCCCUAUCCCUGGAGCUCACCCCCAGACUCUGGUCACACUGUGGUCCUGCUCAUACAGCAGUGGGGUGCCAAUGACACCAGCUCCAACCAGGCCCCUGGUACGCCCGUUACCCGCUCCAUCCGCUUUGGACAAUGAACAUCCCUCCUCGACUCACACGGACUACCCAUAAUCCUCUUUCAGUGGUAGAGUGCAUUAAAGGAAGUCCACAGGACGUCCCAGUAGGCUCUGGGACGUCUUCAGGUGUCUGCACUAUGUGUAUAUACUGUACAAUGUUUGCUUUUCUAAUGAAGAACAUGACCUAGUGUUAGAAAAGGCUGGGUAGUUUUAUUCUAGAUGUUAGAGUUGUUUAAUUUGAUGUUUUUGAGACAGAAUAUAGAGCUAGUUAAAGAGCCUAGUGAGCUUGGUGUUGUUUUGGUUUUUUGAAUUUUAUUUUGGAAAAAAGCUGAGGAACAUUUAAAUGCAAAAGCAGCCUACACAAAGUGUGGAGAAGCUGCACACCCCAUAGCACUUUGGCCUUACCUGAUCAGGGAAGGAUGUGUGUGUAUAUAGUGCGAAAAGUUUGAAAAUGUAUGUACUCAUACUUUAAGUCGCUCUGCUAAAUUAUUCAAAUGUAAAAUGUAUAUACAGUAUAUAUUAUAUCACUCUUUCAUUUCAAUAUGUGUACAUGCAUGUUAAAAGGUUGUCAUGUUAUAGCAACAGUUGAGAUAUAUUUUCAAACAGAAGGGACUAAAGGUAUUUGAUAGAUCUUUGAGGUCAUACUUUUUUAUUGGUGGGAGUUUAAUAUAUUACAGCUGAUUCAUUUAUUUUUUUAGUUAUCAUCGUUUCACAUCGACAAUUGGCUUCAGUGUACAAAUACAUUUCACCCAUACCGUUGAUGGCAAUGUUAUUUGUCUUGAGCCGUAACAGUUUUUGUUUUAAAACCUGCCUUAUUCAA